UUUUUUUUUUUUCAUUAUCAAUAUAUACUUUAUAUUUCUCUUUCUAUCUCUCUAUUAAAAUAAAAUGGUUCGUGUCUCUGUAUUAGGUGGUUCUAAAGGUUGCUCUCGUGCUAUGGUUCUUCAAGGCAUUGAACAACAUCAAUUCAAGUUACUUGUCCGAAACCCGGACACUAUGGAUUACACACAAGAACAAAAAGCCAAGCUAAAUAUUGUCAAGGGAGAUGCUCUUGAUCCCAUUGCUGUUAAAGAAGCUAUUAUUAACACGGAUGUCCUCAUAUUUUCUAUCGGAAGUGCCUUCAACUUUAAGAAUCUCAGUAUGGUGAAUCCUGGUCUGUGUCAUGAUGCCAUGAAAGUGGUGUUAGAUGUCGUAGAUGAACUUGAUGAAACCGAACGUCCUCAACGUAUUGUUGUUAUUUCUACUACCGGUUUGGAUGAUAUGAGCGAGGUUCCUUACUUGUUCCGCCCUCUCUAUCGCUUAUUACACGCGCCUCAUCAGGAUAAAAAGGCUUUGGAGGCAUUAGUGCAAAAUGAGAACAAGCAUGUUGCGGAUUGGAUUAUUGUGCGUCCCAGCUUACUUACAGAGGGUAAAUUGGUUGGCAAAUACAAGGCGGAUGUGGGUAUUUCUGGAUACACGAUCUCAAGAGAAGAUGUGGGACAUUUCUUACUGCAUCAAUGCAUUGAGCCUACUACUUGGAUCCAAAAGAAGGUGGUGGUCACAUAUUAAUUUCCUGCUUUACCCUAUUACUUGCUGUAUAAAUCACUUUUAAAUAAAUCACAUAAUUUUUCUAUACUCUUA